CCGAGACAAGUUCAACAUCAACUAGCGAGCCAUCAACUGGAUGUGUGAGCUCAUAAAACUGGUAAAUAAUAAUCAGGGCCAUCAUGGAGCCCCUCGUGCGUUCUGGUUCUAUGACAAGCACGAGGCCCCUUGAAUGACAGAUCGCUCGCCACCAAUGCCCUGGCGAUGGGAAGACUGCUCCAAGGAUCCAAAAUACCAGCAAUGGCGGCCAACAGACAAUUCCUUCAUUGACAGUCACGAUCGUCGCUCACGGCUACUCAUGGUGACCUGUAUUGAACGAAGCUUCCAGAUUAAGGUCCUCGAGCAGAUCUUCAACCUCCAGAACACUCACGAUGCCGUAUUCGAGCGCCUGGCCGAUUCAAACUGGUGGAAAUCCCAUUUCUGGAUCAAGGCAGACCAGAAGCCCUCUCUCUCUGAGCCGAUGGAGGUCAACUUCUGCAUUUGCGAAGCCGCUGAUGCGAUGCCCAGUGGCUACCACAGCCUCAACAAGAAGGGCAUCAUCGUUGAGUCCAAUCGUGUCGGCUACGCCAUCUUCGUCCGAAGCAAUCUGGACACUCAUCUCAAUGGUCAGAGACGGAAAAUUGUGGCUGUGAUGAAGCAGAAUCUCCGACCAAUCGAUGAACAGAUCAAAGCUCUGGAUCAGGUAGACCACGCACCAGUCUUUGGCGAUAUGGAUCCUGAACGCCGCAAGGAGGUCUUCGGAGGCAACGCAACCAAUGUAGCCCAGGGGGCCGACUACUUUGAGCUCAAUAUCGAAGCCAUGUCCGAAUUACCGGCGGAUGAAAAGCGAAAACGUCUUGAGUGGAUCGCCAAGAGCUUCCCACUCGAUGCUUACCAGAGCGAGGCCUUCAGACGCUCAACAACGGCAAUUCCUGGUGGCGUGCACCUGAUCAAAGGUCCACCCGGUACCGGCAAGACCAGCACGGCAUUAGUUAUUAUUCUCUCCCUGGCCGCACUUGGCAUCAAGGUUCUGGUUUCGGCGGGCUCGAACAAGGCUGUAGAUAAUCUGACAUACGCCAUCUAUAAAGCCUUGCAGAAGCAUCAGCAACUCCAGGUAUGGUGUGGGACGUUUUGCCGCUUCCGAACCCCGUCGUACCAGAUCGCGGUAAUUCGCAAGGACAGUGCCACUCAACAGCCGAUCCGACGUCAGGGUGCCUUGUCCGAUGUAGAGGAGGUGAUCAGCAUAUGUCAGGCAGAUUCUCUAGUCUGGAGUUACGUCGAUAGCCACUGUAGGGACAACACCAAGUGCCAGGAUUUUAAAGAUCUUGUGGCUUUGGACCGCAAGGAUGGACUUCGGAUCGAGGAGGCCCUCAAGCUCAAAGAUAUUUAUGAAGAUCUCAUGGGAAUGGUUCUUGAAGAUUGUAGAGUGGUCGCUACAACUUUGAGCACCGCCUCCGAGGAGACUCUGCGUCUAAGGUUCAAGCCGGGCUACCUCAUCUGCGACGAGUCAGGGCAGUGUGUUGAGGGUGACCAUAUGAUCGCCAUGACAAUGGAGUCCAUCCGAGCCGUGACUUUGAUCGGCGAUUCCAAUGAGCUGCCCCCAACAGUUGCUUCAGAGAGGAGGAGCACCAACGAAGGAGCGCUGUACCUUAAGCGCUCCUUGAUGACCCGACUGGAUGAGGCUGGCUACCCUAUGUCAACCCUCAAUAUCAGUCACCGCGCCAACUCUGCCAUACUUAACUGGUACAACAAAACUGUGUAUAAAGACCAGCUAAUACCAGGUCCCGACAAUGACAAACCUGAGCGAGUAGGAAAUGCUUGGGAUGCCUUUACCACCUCUCGCCAUCACUUCCAUGAUAAAGGCCUUGCGAAGGUACGUCGGCUCUUCAUCAGCGUCACCGGCAGAGCUUCACAGGAAAAGAACAGCACUUCCUGGCACAACCAAUCCCAGGCAGAGGUCGCGGCGCAACUCCACGAGCUCUACCAGGGAACCACCUCUGGCGACAAGAUCAAAGCAGAGGAUGUAAUGAUCCUGAGUCCAUACAGGGCGCAGUGCCAGACGGUAAAGAAGAUCCUGGGAGGCCCCGGUGGUUAUUACCUGAUGACCAAGCCGGGCGACCAGGAGCGCAACAUCGGGCUCAUCGGGGAUGAGCAGCACCUUAAUGUCGCCAUGAGCCGAGCAAUGAAGGUUCUUGUGAUCAUCGGCAAUCUAGGCGUCUGGAACCGGGGUUCUGCAAAGGAGCUUUCCAAACGCACGCAUCAUAAAACCUUGUCGCGACUGCUGUUCGACGUCAUGGACAAGAACCACGUGCUGACUUGGGCCGGCAGUCGAACAGUCACCGAGACAGGGCCUUCCAUGGGAUAUCGAUACAGGAGCCAUAUUCCAGGUCAAAGGGUUUCCAUUGCGGCUGCAAACACUCAAAUCGAAUCUAGACUUACAGAUCGGAUGGAUGUGGAUGAUGAUGACGGCUGCAAUCACCCAGUGCUAGCCUCACUGCCCAUGCGACCAACUCGUGUGCCACUCCCACUCCCACUCUUCCCUUCCCGCCAAGAGCGUCGUCGUUCCCUCUCGCCUCUUCGCCCCUCUCAGCCUGAUCAUGUCGCACCAUCGGUGAGAGAGCGAAGCCCCCGCGAUGAGUUGGAAGAUCGGGUAGCGAGCCUGACCCGCAGCCUUCGGCACGCCGCUGAAGAUCGCCGCAUGAAGGAGCUGGAGCUGCAACUAGCCAAGAUGAAGGAGGACCGGCUGGCGGAGGGACUACAGGAGGCCAAGGAACAGCUCCGAAACCGACAGAAUUGA